CAAGGAACGCAUCUUGGAGGGGGGAAACAUGUCGGCCACUCGGGAGGAACUCCAACUGAAACAUUUUUUGACUUUAGUGUCUGCUGGGAAGCAGCUGCUGCACAAACGGGAAUACAGACGAGCUCAGAGCAGCUUCACCGCGAUACUAGAUUUAAAACCUGAAGAUAAGGAGUGCUUGAUCGGACGGUCCAACUGCUACCUGAACACGGGCCAGCUUCAGAACGCCCUGAAGGAUGCGGAGCUGUCCCUCAAAAGUGACAAGGCCUUCCCUGAGGGGGUGUACCAAAAAGCAAAGGCUCUGUUCUACAUGGGAGAGUUUGAGUUUUCGCUGGUGUUCUACCACAGAGGUCAAAGGAUUCGCUCGCAGAUGCAGUGCUUCACGCUGGGCAUCAAGAAAGCUCAGGAGGCCAUUAAAAACGCUGUCGGUGAGCCUUCUCGUGUCAAACUGAAGAUUGGAGGAGAUUUGUCAUUUCUUGAGAAUGAGGAGGCGAGGUUACGGCCGAUCAGUGUCGUUGAGAAUCUGAUGGAAGAGGAGAAGAUCGACGCUCCAAAGCCCCUCAGGAACGACAAGACGACCAAACAUCUGACGGGAGAUUUUCAUGACCUUAAAAAGUUUCUUGAAGACGCGAUAAAAGAUGAAGAUUUGAUGAAAGAAAAGACAAAGAGUGGAGAACAAGUACAAGAGAUCAUUCAGGGCUGCCUCACAUCAAUCGAGACUUACAUAGAGAUCUGUAAUCAAGAAAACAUCGCCGCCCCCCAAGAAAAAAAACCUCAGGAGGUUAGGACCCCCACAGCUUCUAAAUUUGAAGAGUUUCCGCUCAGGACCCUCAGAGAAAUAGAUGCAGCUUUGGAAUCUGGAAAUGCAGAAGAGGGGCUUAAAAAGGCGAAAGGAGCCCUGAAGUUUGUGCAGAGGCGGUCAAAGACGGAGUUUCCCCAGAAAAAGCUGCUCCUGGGCAGUUUGCACGGAUCCAUUGGAAACGCUCUGCUCUACCGAGGAGAACUGGACAAGGCUUUGGAGCAUCAUCAGGCGGAGCUGGAGCUGGCAGAGCAGUGCAAACUUCCAGAAGCAAAAUCCAGAGCUCUAGAUAACUUAGGCCAAACAUAUGCUCAAAGGGGAGACUUCGCAGAAGCGAUUGAGAUGUGGAAGAAGAGGAUUCCUUUGAUCCACAGCGGUUUGGAGAAGGUCUGGUUGUUUCAUGAGAUCGGCUGUUUUUACUUGAAGCUUCUUCAGUACGAAGAGGCCAAAGAAUACGCCGUCCUUUCAGUCGCCGAGGCUGCCGAGGUCCCGGACGUGAAGUGGAAGAUGAACGCCAAUGUUCUGAUGGCACAGUCAGAAUUGAAGCUUGGAAACUUUCAAUCGUCAGUGUCCCAUUUUGAAACGGCUUUAGUUCAAGCCAGACAACAAGACGACGAAUCGGCCCUGAAUGCCAUCCAGAAGGCUCUUGAAGAAGCAAAGCAGCACAUCAGAAAGUGAGGAUGACUAAGGACCAUCAACAGUUCAAUUCACCUUUUUAAUGGCAUUAAACUUGAGAUUUUUGCUUUC